UCAUGGAUCGCUAACCAGUCCUGACCUCUGACCCCUGCAGGCCGCACUGAUGGGAGGCACCACCAUGAUCAUCGGUCACGUUCUUCCGGAUAAAGACAUCUCCUUGCUGGACGCGUAUGAGAAGUGCAGGAGCCUUGCCGAUCCCAAAGUUUGCUGUGACUACGCUCUGCACAUGGGUGUCACCUGGUGGGGACCCAAGGUGAAGGCGGAGAUGGAGACCUUAGUACGAGAGAAGGGGGUCAACUCCUUCCAGAUGUUCAUGACCUACAAGGAUUUGUAUAUGCUGCGGGACAACGAGCUCUACCAGGUCUUCCGGCACUGUAAGGACCUGGGGGCCGUAACCCGAGUCCAUGCAGAGAACGGGGACUUGGUGUCUGAGGGUGCCAAGGAGACUCUGGAUUUGGGAAUCAGUGGCCCUGAGGGCAUCGAGAUUAGCCGACCCGAGGAGCUGGAAGCAGAGGCCGUUCACAGGGCAAUAACCAUCGCUAAUAGGACCUUCUGCCCUGUCUACCUGGUGAACAUUUCCAGUAUGUCAGCAGGUGAUGUCAUUGCCUCUGCCAAAAUGCAAGGAAAGAUUGUCUAUGGGGAGACCACCACUGCCCACUCUACCCUGAACGGUCUCCACUACUACCACCAGGAGUGGUCACAUGCUGCAGCCUACGUCACCAUCCCUCCGCUCCGGCUGGACCCCAACACUCCCAACUACCUCAUGAGCUUACUGGCCAAUGACACGCUCAACGUGGUGUCCUCAGACCACAGAACAUUCACCAUCAAACAGAAAGCCAUGGGCAAAGAGGACUUCACCAAGAUUCCACACGGAAUGGGUGGAGUUCAGGACCGCAUGAGCGUCAUAUGGGAGAAAGGCGUGGUGGGAGGAAAGAUGGAUGAGAACAGAUUUGUAGCUGUGACGAGCUCCAACGCAGCCAAGAUUCACAACAUGUACCCCCGUAAAGGGCGUAUUAUCCCCGGAGCCGAUGCCGAUAUUGUGGUGUGGGAUCCAGAAGCCACCAGGACCAUCUCUGCCAGCACCCAGGUCCAGGCUGGAGAUUUCAACCCCUACGAGAACAUGCGAUGCCACGGAGUGCCGCUGGUCACCAUUAGCCAUGGCCGCGUGGUGUAUGAGAAUGGCGCCUUCAUGUGUGCCGAGGGCUCUGGCUCCUUCUUCCCGAUGAGGACCUACCCAGACUUCCUGUAUAAAAAGAUGAUCCAGAAAGAAAAGGUGAGUAGUUGUGCCAUGGAGACAGGAGGGUGGCAGGGACGGUGA